AUGGCCGGGCAGGAGUGGGACUGGUUCCAGCGCGAGGAGCUCAUCGGGCACAUCAGCGACAUCCGAGUGCAGAACCUCCAAGUGGAACGGGAAAAUGUACAGAAGAGGACCUUUACCAGAUGGAUAAACCUACAUUUGGGAAAGUGCAAGCCUCCUCUGAAGGUGAAAGACUUGUUUAUUGAUAUACAAGAUGGCAAAAUUUUGAUGGCACUACUGGAAGUCCUGUCAGGACAAAAGCUGAUGCAUGAAUACAAAUCUUCAACCCAUCGCAUUUUUCGUUUGAACAACAUAGCCAAAGCACUUAAGUUCUUGGAGGACAGUAAUGUAAAGCUUGUUAGCAUUGAUGCAGCAGAAAUAGCAGAUGGAAAUUCCUCUCUGGUACUUGGACUAAUAUGGAAUAUAAUCUUGUUUUUUCAGAUUAAGGAGCUGACAGGCAACCUCAACAGGAACUCCUCCUCCUCCAGCCUAUCCUCCGGGCCGAGUGGUCCCGAGUCAGACACAUCCCACCCCAGCACUCCCAGUGUGGAGAGGAACGUGCCCGUUACAGUGAAGGAUCAGCGGAAAGCCAUCAGAGCCCUUUUAAUCUGGGUUCAGAGGAAAACGAGAAAGUACGGUGUUGCAGUUCAGGACUUUGCCAGCAGUUGGAGGAGUGGCCUUGCUUUCUUAGCUAUCAUAAAAGCAAUAGACUCUACAUUGGUAGACAUGAAGCAAGCACUGGAGAAAUCAGCUCGAGAAAACCUGGAGGAUGCUUUCAGCAUAGCACAAAAUAAGCUGGGUGUUCCUCGGCUCCUAGAACCAGAAGAUAUCAUGGUGGAAUCACCCGAUGAACAGUCAAUUGUGACGUACGUGGCGCAAUUUCUGGAACACUUCCCGGAGCUGGAAGGGGAAGACUUCACAGAUCCUGACAAGGAGCUUCCAGUUGAGUCCACAUAUGUCCACAUCAAAGACACACCUUCAGAAAAGGAAGGCAAAAUCUUGAUUUUAAGUGAAAGUGAAGAAAACAUGUAUACUGUUAAUCACGAAAGGAGUCAUCCUGCUCCUCCAAAGGUUCAUAUUCAUGACACACCUGAGAGAAUCUCAUCAGAAACCAUUCCUGAAAAAUGUAAUGGGAAAUUGAGUCAAGUGUUAGGUGAUGCACAGGAAACAUCUGAAGAGGAGCCUCACAGGCCUACCUCACUGAAAAUUAAAGGAUCUGUCAGUUUUGAAUCCAAUUCCUCUUGGGAGGUUCUAAGUGAUAAAUCCAUGCCAGGUGAAGGGGUCCUAUCUGAUGGUCCACUGAAACAGAACAAUGACCUUUCUCCAACUGUUCUGACAAAUCAGAAAAAUUCAGUUGACUCUUUUGAAGACUACUCUGAAGAAUUAACUAAAGAAACCUCUACUGAAUAUGACAAUGAAACUAAGAGCCUUUCAGCCAAUACUUCUUCUUUGAGUCCAUUAUCCUGGACUUCAGGUAUACUUACAGAUGAAUCUAUAAAUAAAGUAGAAGAGAGCAAACUCCAAACUUCAAUUCUUUUACCAGAAGAUACCUCAAAACAAGAAGAUACGCAGAAGUAUGUCCUUCAUCUUCUAAAUGAGGAAAUACUGAAACUUCCACAAAAUGAACAUACAAAGCAAUCCCCUGUCUUUGAGACAAUAGAAACUAACUAUUGUUCACUGAAUGGUUCUAAUCUCAAAAGCCAAGAACUAUCUACACAGCAUGAAACAUCUGAUGACUCUCUGUCAGAUGUACCUAAAAAUCCAGAGGACCUGGACAGCUGUGAUGAAGUUGAGUCUUCAGCUGAAGUGCUACCCAGUUCUUCAAAAGUAUCUGUAAUACCCCAUGAUCUCUUUUAUUAUCCACAUUAUAACGUUCCCAUAUCAGCAGUUCUGGACGCUUACCUUGAGCCUUGUAUUGAAGGUUAUGAUACUGGAAAUGGCAAAGCUUCUUCUGAAACAGUAACAGAUGUUUUACAUGAGAAGGGCUUACCAGAACAGAACUACAAGGAAGAUGCUCCAGAGCCAGACUUAGGGAAUAAGCUAGGUGUCCCUCCAUCAGAAAUAGAUACUGAGAAUGGUGAGGAGGAAACAACAGAUAAUAACAGUCACAUUAAUUCUUCCAAUGAAAAAGAAGUACCAUUACUUGUAGGAGAAGAGUUAGAAAUUGAAAAAGAUGGCAAAAAGGCCACCAACUAUCAAGAUUCCACUAUUCCACAACAUGCUGAGACCAUAGUAGAACAUCUAGACGAUUUAGCAACAGACAGAAAGAGACCAGAAAAAAGUGGUACUAGGGAGGAAGAAGGGAAAAAUAUGAUCAAAGCAGAAGACCUGCAGAUCUCAGAAGUUGCCACUACUGCUCUGUUACAAGAUAAACUGGAAGAAAUUGCUGUUUGUCAGGAAUUUACCAGAACCAGUGACAGUGAUUCCAAUAUUUAUCUCCGUAAAAGAUGUCCUAAUACUUCCGAGGAGGAAGCCUAUGGUGUAAACGAGCAGAAGAUGACAGAUAUGGGUGAAAAUCCAUUAAUCAUCAGGAAGAAAAAGGACUUGGAAGCAAGUGAGACUCCAGCACCAACUCAUGAGAUUACGAUUGUUGAGCAGCCAGAGCUAUUCUACUUCAUCAUUUUCUUCUGGGUGCUGGUCUACUGCCUUUUACUCCUUCCACAGCUUCUUAGCAACAAAGUUUGAUCUCUGUGAGUUGUGGAAAAAUAAAGGACGAUGGCUGG